GCCAGUUCGUCCAGCAAUGGAGGGGGGCAGGUGCACGCGGGGUUGCAUAAAAGGACAGGACGGUCACCGUUCUCACUCAGUUUGCUUCUCUGGCUCCAUCCAACUCUUAGCUUGACCGUCCUGCCAUCGAGGAGAGAGAGCAGUUGCAGUCGAGUGGAUUAAUUUAAGCUCAUUCUAAUUCGGUGAAAAACUGAUUAAAAUGUGGCAGACUUUGUUUAUCGUCACCGUCUUGAUUCUCCAAGUUACCUUGGCGGCACAGCCUCGUGAGUCAGACGAAAAUGAAAUAAAGGCCAAUGCAUUACCGGAUCGUCUGGCCAAACGAGUAUGUUACUUCAGCAACUGGGCCGUCUACCGUCCUGGAAAAGGAUCGUACGACAUCGACGAUAUCCCCGGUGAAAUGUGUACGCACAUCAUCUAUUCCUUCUGCGGCGUUAGUAACGUCACCUGGGGUGUUCUCGUUUUGGAUCAAGAGCGAGACAUUGAUAAUGGAGGCUAUGCCAAAUUUGUCGCCUUGAAAAACAAAUAUCCCAACUUGAAACCCAUGUUGGCAGUAGGCGGAUGGGGUGAAGGUGGUAAGAAAUAUUCGCAGAUGGCAUCUGUUCCGGCUCGCCGUCAAUCCUUUGUUAGCAGUGUCGUAGAGUACAUGAAUCAGUAUGGAUUCGAUGGAUUCGAUCUUGAUUGGGAAUACCCCGGCGCUGCAGAUCGUGGAGGCACUUAUGCCGACAAGGAAACCUUCCUUACCCUUGUUCGAGAAUUGCGUGCUGCUUUCGAUGCUGUUGGCAAAGGAUGGGAAUUGACUGCUGCGGUUCCAGUUGCCAAAUUCCGUUUGCAGGAGGGAUAUCAUGUCCCGGAGUUGUGCCAAUUGCUUGAUGCUAUUCACGUUAUGACAUAUGAUCUGCGAGGAAAUUGGGUAGGAUUUGCUGACGUUCAUUCUCAACUCUACCGAAGACCUGGCCUUGAUCAAUACGCAUACGAAAAACUUAACGUGAACGAUGGCCUGUUGCUCUGGGAAGAAUUCGGAUGCCCGAGAGAUAAGCUUGUCGUUGGAACUCCAUUUUAUGGCCGCACGUAUACUUUGGGUGACCCCAAAAGCACCGAUUUGGGAGCAUACAUCGUCAAGUGGGCAGGAGGCGGUGAACCCGGUCCAUUUACUAAUGCGUCCGGCUUUAUGGCUCAUUACGAGAUUUGCGUGAAACAUCUGGAUCCAGCUGAUGGAUGGGUUAAGCGAUACGACGAUGUCGGCAAAGUACCUUUCACUCACAAAGAUCGCCAAUGGAUCGGCUAUGAAGACGAAGAUUCCUUAAAGAUUAAAAUGGACUUUAUUCGUGCCAGAGGAUACGGCGGGGCAAUGACGUGGGCAAUUGACAUGGAUGAUUUCCACAAUCUUUGCGGAAAGGGCCAUCAUUCAAUGACGAAGGUUCUUUAUGAUGGAAUGAAAGACUAUAUUGUUCCAGUCCCACCUCCCAUGACAACUACUACCGCUGUAACAUGGUGGAAACCUUGGCGUCCCGAUCCCACAAAGUCACUUGACUCGGUACCGUCCACGACACAAAAGCCAAAAGAAGCAGUUAAGCUGGAAGAAACAGUUAAGCUGGAAGAAACAGUUCAGCCGGAAGAAAUAGUUCAGCCUGUCGAUGUCGCCGGACUAGAUUGUAACAAACAAAGUUAUUGGCCUCACGAAAAAUGCGCCAAGUACUAUUGGUGUGUUCAAGGAUCUCCACGUUUGCUAGAAUGCCCCGGCGGAUCUGUCUGGAAUAGAGUAGGAAACUUUUGCGAUUGGGCGAAGAACACGGACACUUCUACUUGCACACUCUAAGUUAACGAAACGGCUUUCACUCUCAAUCUAUUAAUAAAUUAUGACUGCUAAUUAUACCGGAUAAUGUAUGAACUGUAUGGAUGUGCGUACUCUUAACCAGAGAUGAAUAAAGGAUGGUUACCUGUUA